GUUCGGGACUGAGUUGAAACAUUUCCGCAGAAGAACGUUUGGCUGAGGAGCCAUGGAGCCGGGAGAGGUGAGCCGUCAGCAGAUAAGGCAAGUGUUGCUUUUCUUUGUUUGCUUAGGAGGGUCUUUGGUCUGUUCAGAGACCUGGCGCUAUUCUGUGGCAGAGGAAACAGAGAUCGGCUCCUUUAUAGCCAACGUGCUGAAAGACACAGGUUUGGGUGUGGAAGACCUGGCUGCACGGGGAGCCAGAGUCAUCUUUGAUGACUAUAAACCAUAUUUGUGGUUGGAUCAGCAGACCGGCAACUUACUCUUAAAUGAGCAACUGGACAGGGAGGCACUUUGCGAUCUCACUGAGCCAUGUGUAUUGAAUUUCCAGGUAUUAUUUGAAAAUCCUUUGCAAUUUUUUCAGGCUGAGCUUUGGGUCAAAGACAUAAAUGAUCACACUCCCACAUUCCUAGAUAAACAUAUACUUCUGAAAAUCUCAGAAGGUACUGCUCCAGGAACCUCAUUCCAAAUGGAUAGUGCUCAGGACUUGGAUGUAGGAAAGAAUGGUGUCCAAAACUACACAUUAAGCCCUAAUCCACAUUUCCACCUUAAAUUACAAGACAGCGAUGGGGCCAGAAAAUACCCAGAGCUGUUACUGGACCAAUCUCUGGAUCGAGAAAAGGAGUCUGAGCUUAGAUUAAAGCUAACAGCUUUGGAUGGUGGGUCUCCGCCCAGGUCCGGAACAGCUCUGGUUCGUGUUUUGGUCUUAGAUAUCAAUGACAAUGCCCCAGAGUUUGAGAGACCCAUCUAUGAGGUUCAAGUACCAGAGAACAGCCCUCUGGAAUCCUUGGUCAUCAAGGUGUCUGCUACAGAUUUAGACGCAGGAAUAAAUGGAGAAAUCUCUUAUUCAUUUUCCCAUAUCUCCAAAGACGUACGGAAAACAUUUGAAAUCCAUCCAAUUUCUGGUGAAGUCCAUUUAAAAGCACUUUUGGAUUUUGAGUUAAUCCAGUCUUACACAAUAAAUAUUCAAGCCAUUGAUGGUGGGAGCCUUUUAGGAAAAUCAACAAUUUUAGUUCAAGUUGUAGAUGUGAAUGACAACCCACCAGAAAUACUCAUGACAUCUCUUACCAACCCCAUACCAGAAAAUUCGUCUCCUGAGAUGGUAGUCGCUGUUUUUAGCAUAAGAGACCAAGACUCUGGGGACAACGGGAGGAUGGUUUGUUCCAUUCAGGACAAUCUCCCCUUUCUCUUGAAGCCUACCUUCAAGAAUUUCUACACUCUGGUAACAGAGCGCCCAUUGGACCGAGAGACCAAAACCAAAUAUAACAUUACCAUCACUGUCACCGACAUGGGAUCCCCCAGGCUGAAAACCGAGCACAACUUAACCCUGCUGGUCUCCGAUGUCAAUGACAAUGCCCCCGCCUUCACCCAAACCUCCUACACCCUGCGGGUCCGCGAGAACAACAGCCCCGCCCUGCACAUCGGCAGCGUCAGCGCCACAGACGCAGACGCGGGCGCCAACGCCCAGGUCACCUACUCGCUGCUGCCGCCCCACGACCCGCACCUGCCCCUCGCCUCCCUCGUGUCCAUCAACGCGGACAACGGGCACCUGUUCGCCCUGCGGUCCCUGGACUACGAGGCCCUGCAGGCCUUCGAGUUCGGCGUGGGCGCCACAGACCGAGGCUCGCCGGCGCGGAGCAGCCAGGCGCUGGUGCGCGUGCUGGUGCUGGACGACAACGACAACUCGCCCUUCGUGCUCUACCCGCUGCAGAACGGCUCGGCGCCCUGCACCGAGCUGGUGCCCAGGGCGGCCGAGGCGGGCUACCUGGUGAGCAAGGUGGUGGCGGUGGACGGCGACUCGGGCCAGAACGCCUGGCUGUCGUACCAGCUGCUCAAGGCCACGGAGCCCGGGCUGUUCGGCGUGUGGGCGCACAACGGCGAGGUGCGCACGGCCAGGCCGCCGAGCGAGCGCGACGCGCCCAAGCACAGGCUGCUGGUGCUGGUCAAGGACAACGGCGAGCCGCCGCGCUCGGCCAGCGUCACGCUGCACGUGCUGCUGGUGGACGGCUUCUCGCAGCCCUACCUGCCGCUGCCGGAGGCGGCGGCCGAGCAGGCGCAGGCCGACCCGCUCACCGUCUACUUGGUCAUCGCCCUGGCCGCGGUGUCGUCGCUCUUCCUCUUCUCGGUGCUCGCGUUCAUCGCGGUGCGGCUGUGCGGGAGGAGCAGGGCCGCCUCGCUGGGUCGCUGCUCGGUGCCUGAGGGCCACUUUCCGGGCCACCGGGUGGACGUCGGCGGUACCGGGACCCCGUCCCAGAGCUACCAGUAUGAGGUGUGUCUGAGGGGAGGCUCUGGGACCAGCGAGUUCAAGUUCCUUAAACCCGUUAUUCCCAACCUCUCGCCCCAAGACAGUGAAAUGGAGGAAAGCCACAGCUUUCUGAGUGGCUUUGGAUUCAAUUAGGGUUUUGAUUAUUAUGUAGAACUUUUAGAACGAGCCCUAUUUCUUUGUAAAAUUCAUUCAUUGUAAUGUAAAGUUCUUCGUUUGCGUAACUUCAAUUUACUUAAGAUUUUUCAGAAAUUUCAAUAAUGUAAGGCUAUUUUCUG